AUCAUUACCGCAGAGAUCCUCACAGGACUACACGACGUCCUGGCGGAUGAAAUACUUCAGCAGGCUUAAAGACAUUCAAAACUCCCACUUCUCGCUCUCUCUGUUGGAAUUCAGCUCCGUCUCACACGCACGUGUUGUUUGUUUCUGCCGCAUUUAAGCGACCCGGAAGAGAUCUGCUUCUCUGUGACAUAAGGCAAACGCAACUUCCGCGUUUACGUUUUUCGACUGCUAAAUGUAUUUUAGGCGCAUUACUUCACUUUUGAUGCUUACGUUUAGUAUUCAAUGUGUAUAAUGUAAUACGUUUUUUAUCGAUAGAAAUAUAUGGCAAAAAAUAGAGAUACUUGCCACUCGUGAACGGCGUUGAUGUCACACGACAGUUGCGCACACUUUACGGCAGAGACUCAGUAGGCCACACGACAGUUGUGCACAUUUUACGGCAGUGGCUGUCUGGGGUGAUGAGAUUUGAUCUGGCGUCUGUAGGAACUCUGAAGGUUUUCUGUCUGACAGUUGUGUUGAGUGUUUUGAUGUUGCCGGUUCUGCGGCGGGUUCUAGGAUUACGAGCGUUCUCCAUGGCAUCAGAAACUUACUCAUCUGGUACCCACUCUGCAGCCUUCGUCACCUGUCCUAAUGACACAGUUGCCAAAGAGCUCGCCAGAGGAAUCGUGGAGAAGAAACUGGCUGCAUGUGUGAACAUCGUACCUCAGAUCAUGUCUGUGUAUGAGUGGCAGGGGAAGAUUGAAGAAGACAAUGAAGUUCUGCUUAUGAUUAAGACGAGAAGUUCAAAGGUUCCUGCUCUUGCUGAAUAUGUCAGGUCUAAUCAUCCUUAUGAAGUGGCAGAGGUGAUCAGUUUGCCGAUUGAUCAGGGAAAUCCGCCGUAUCUGAAAUGGAUCGGUGACGUUGUGCCGGAGUGAAGAGAGCGUUCAGAGUACUUCAGCUGUUAAACACACAUGAAAAAAUAUCACUUUGUGUUUCUUUAAUUUGCUGCUUUCUAAAACGUUUGUCAUUUGAAUAGCAGAAAGUCAAAUAUUAAAGGUGAUGUGAGCACUUUAUGUGACAGAUUUAUUUGAAUCAUCAUUUUCAUUUGUAUUAAAGGUUUUAGGUCAACCAAAUA